ACAUUCUCCAGCAAGCAGUCACAGCAACGGACGGACUGACGGCAGCGGACACCGGGGCUCGGAAUACGGAAUACACCGUGGACGUUGGAACUCAUUUCACCUGCCGCCGCGCGUCCUGCCUGCUUUAGGAAGAGUCAGCAUGUCCAGCGAGGUGCAGCCGAGGCCGGACGACAGUCCCAACACCAGCGGGGGAAGCUCGGAUGCUGAGCAGAGGGAGGCGGCCCCUCCGGAGCAGCCCGGCGCCGAGCAGAGGGACCAGACCCAGCCUAAGAAAAAGGAGGCUAAGAUCUCCAGCAAGACCGCCGCCAAGCUGUCCACCAGCGCCAAGAGAAUCCAGAAGGAGCUCGCGGAGAUAACCUUGGACCCGCCACCAAAUUGCAGCGCCGGUCCUAAAGGCGACAACAUCUACGAGUGGAGGUCGACCAUCCUGGGCCCCCCAGGCUCCGUGUACGAGGGAGGGGUAUUCUUCCUGGACAUUGCCUUCACACCAGACUACCCCUUCAAGCCACCCAAGGUGACGUUCCGUACGAGGAUCUACCACUGUAACAUCAACAGUCAGGGUGUGAUCUGUCUGGACAUCCUGAAGGACAACUGGAGUCCUGCCCUCACCAUCUCCAAGGUCCUGCUGUCCAUCUGCUCCCUGCUCACUGACUGCAACCCUGCUGACCCGCUGGUUGGAAGCAUCGCCACACAGUACCUGACCAACAGAGCCGAGCACGACAGGAUAGCCAAACAGUGGACCAAACGCUAUGCCACAUAGAGCCGCACUACGACCUCCGACCUCCGACCCCACGACCCCGCCCACACACACACACACACACACACCCCGACGCCCCCCCCCCCCCCCCUCGGAAAUCUAUGGAAGCACACCCACCCACCCAAACAGCCACCCCCACCCCAACCCCCAGAAACGAACUGUUAUUUGUUCCAUGCUGACUUGAAAAGCUUCUUUUUUAUACAGAGUCUAUUGGGAUUGUAUUUUCCAAUACACUGAAUGUUGAUAUGGUCAUGAAAAGCUUUAAUACUGUUAUUGUUCUUGUCGAUGUUGUUGUUCUUAUUGUUAUUGCAUUGUUUAUAACAUUGUCGCCACCCCGAUCCACUUAUCUAAAAGUUCCUGUUUCAUGUGAUGGUUUCAUGUAAAAAUGCGUUGAACAGAGUGAGUGCAUUUAGUGAGUUUCCUUUCUUUUCCGUGGUUUUACAGCUCAUGGUCAAUAUUAGUGCAUGGCAUCAGGACCUGUGUUCAUGCAGUGGACAUGUAGUCACCGUAAUGUGUCUGUCCCGGCAGGUUUUCGGCAUGGAAUGAGCCCAUCACCAUGUAUGACGAUAGUGCUAGUUUGCUGUACAUUUAAUGCCUUGUGAGAAUACAUACUCAUUGAAUACUCAAUUAAACACUGGCUGUAAUGUGAAAAAAAAAC